UCCGUUACCAUGUGGUACCGUAAUAUCGAGUAUCGACCACUCUUGCCAGAUUGAGGAAUUUGUCCCUCGAAAAGGAUUUCUUGCACAUGCGUCGCCAACAUCGUAUGUAAGAAACACGUGCGCUCAGGAUCGUGCAUGCAUAUAAAUGUAUGUAUUCUUAGAUUUUUUCAUAUUUAUUUUAAUUCUGAAUUAAAGAAUAAGAUUUUUAAAAUACUUUAUAUAACAUCUUGUUAUAUAACACUUCUUACUUACUUUUAUUUGUAUGGAGAAUAGGCUGGUAAAGUUUAACAGAAAAAAUUGGAACACCGUGUAUAUCAUCUACAGUCGCCUCAUAAUAUGCCAAUAAAAUAAUUUCAAUUAAUUGGACGUAUUGAAUAAUAAAAAUCGCAUACAAUAUUAUUUACCAUGAUUAUUGUGUCAUAAAAGAUGUACAAAUUUCUGUCAAAAAUUGUAACGGACGCGCAAACUCUACUUAUUUGGCAAUAUCCAUUGGUGGUUUGAAUAUUCGAUAAAAAGUCGAUUAUUCAACUUCUCUGAAAAUGAACAUCUGUUUUCAGUGGUAUAUUUUAGAUAAUAGAUCUGUUUUCCAAUCAUGUCAUUUGUAAGUUAACAUGUUGAAAUUAUCAUUUUAAGUUACACAUCGUUCUGGUAUAGCAUUAUUUGUCACUAAGAAAAUACAUAGUAACAGCACUACGUGGAAUUAAAUACGUACAUAUAUGUACAAUUCCUAUUCAAAGAUAAGAAAAUGCUUAGUUUACAAUAAUUUUAUCUACUUUUGAAACUGGAGAACGUAAGAGUUAAGAAAUAUAUAAAUAAAAGAUUUGUCAUUAUCAUUUCUAUACGUCAGAAAUAUGAUCUACUGUAAUCGAUGAUUAUAUUAUUAACUCUUUCCGGUCGGAGUACUUGGAUCUGGAUCAAGAAGUAACCAGUUCGUCAUAGCGCUCAUUCAGUGUAGUGUUAGCGCACACUUAAUCUUACGCCUGAUAAGCCAAUAAAUGCUUUUAUUUGAUAAAAAAUGCAGCAUUGCAUUCUAUUUUUCGUAGUAAAUAUUAUGUUUUAUAUUUUCUCUGUAUACAUAUAAUAUUUUUCGAAACAGUUUCUCAUACGUAACUGCAGUGAUACCCAGUAUGAAAUGAAUAGUAAAUAUAUAACAAUGAAAGGAUUAAAAUAGUACUAAACUAGCUAAAUUACAAUGAAAUUUCAACGAAACUAUCCGAAUUAAGUUCAAAUUAAACUAUUUUUACAAGAGGGUUUUGUUCUACAUAUAAAAUCAAAACCUAUGAUCGCAAUGGUAAAAGUAUCUUACCGGGUUAAGAUCGAAAAGGGGUUAUUGAACACCCUAUAUACGGCAGAAAUUAUAUGUCAGCAUCCUAUUGCCUGGGGUAUGGCAAGUUCAUGUUUUAGUAAUGUUGACGAGUAUGGAUUCGAAAGACCUAACGAUUUUGACUAUGAAACUUAUGAAGAUUUUAUGUCGGAAUACCUUAAAGUACUCGCUAAAAGGGCAAAAAAAUGGGCUGAAAUUAUUGGUAAAGGAAACUCAUUGCAACGUAGUAUUACAAUAAAAAGAUAUGUUCGCAAAGGCAUACCAGGUGAACAUAGAGGUUUGGUAUGGUUGUCUGUCAGUGGAGGUGAGGAUAUGAAAAACGCCUCUCCAGAUCUCUAUGAAAAAUUGUUACAGUCUUCACAUAAUAAACAAAUAGAAGAUAUUAUAAAAACUGAUUUACCAAGAACAUUUCCUGAUAAUAUAUUUUUCAAUAAUACAGAAAAUCAGCAGCAUCAGUUGUACAAUAUUCUUUUAGCUUUUGCUCAUCAAAAUAAGACAGUAGGAUAUUGUCAAGGUUUAAACUAUAUUGCAGGAUUAUUACUACUUGUUACAAAAAAUGAAGAAACAGCUUUUUGGCUGUUGAAGGUUCUAAUAGAAAAAAUUUUACCUGAUUAUUAUACAUCAACUAUGGAUGGUCUGCUUACAGACAUAGAUGUUCUUGCNNACUUUUCUAGAAUAAAAAUGCCGGAUAUUUAUCAGCAUGUUACAAAUACAGGCUUACCUUGGGCAGUUAUUACAACGAAAUGGUUUGUUUGUUUAUUUGCUGAAGUCUUACCAAUUGAGACUACGCUGCGCAUAUGGGAUUGUCUGUUUUAUGAAGGAAGUAAAAUUAUUUUCCGUGUUGCAUUAACUCUUAUAAAAAGGAACAAGGGCAACUUACUUGCGUGUCAAGAUUUUACAACAUUAGCGGAAUGUUUUAAAGAGAUAACGAAGGACAGUAUUGUUUUAAAAUGUCACGAAUUUAUGCAAAGCAUAUUUAAAGUACCUGGAUCGCUGCCUGGUAGCACUCUUAUAAAACUACGAACAAAAAUCUCACGGGAGCGCUUUGAACAAAAAGAAAGUAAAGUAGACAAUAAGAUGCUCUCCUGAGAAAGAAUCUAGUCAAUAUAUUGUCUUCAUGCAAUUGCAAACUGAUCAUGUCAUGUAAGAUUGUAUUAUAAUAUUACUUCUACACUGUUAUUGUAAAUACGAAUUUAGCACGAAGGUGAGACAAUAUACCGAUGAUGUUCAUAUUUUUUAUUUAUAUGAUUCUUUAUACAUUUAUUGUUUUUAAAAAGAGAGAAUAUGGAACUAGAUACUCUAGCUGUACUUGAUAUUCCAUAAGAUUGUAAUAUAUGUGUACUGAUUGUAUUUAAAUCAUGUAUUAAGUAUUUUAAGUACUGUAAUUUUUAGCUCAAUUAGUCAGUAUUGAAAUUAAAACCACCACAGUAAUGUCUC